AAUUCGGGCCCUGUUUUAUAUCUGUAAUCGAGGACGGUUAUCGCCGCCACCGGCAUCUCGUACUAGUCCAUCAUUAGACGACGGGAUGAUGCUGAUAGUCCCAGACAACCUGAACCCGUCACAUAUACCUGUAGCCAGUUCAGUGUAACCUCCAUUCACUCAGCGCUUUGUGUUCUCAUCUGAUAUAGAGGAACAACGAGACAUUCCUCAAGUUCUCCGUGCCGAAUCUCACCCAUCUCGAGAACCACUGCCGGUGCAAUCGUGCCAGUGCCAUCGCAAUGGCCUCGACUAUGGAGAAGCCAGAGCCCAAGGACUUGUCCUACCAUUACUCGCGGGUCACUCAAAACCGCGCUCCUAGCAAGAUGAAGCAAUUCUACAAGUAUUUCUUCAUUCCAGGCAUCGGCAAUCUGGCUGGAGGUCUCCCGUAUCCUGGAUACUUUCCCUACGACACAUUGGAGGCAUCGACAGCCCUUCCAAAUCGGUUUCGACCGACCCCAAACAAGCCGGUCGAUCCUCCCUCCACCGAUUUGACGCAUCUCGCACUAUCCGAGAGCCCUGCCGCCUCCAGAAUCCUGGUACCUCACGAUUCAAAGCAACCGGACAUCCUACGAAAGAUAGAUUUGACCACUGCUUUACAAUAUGGCACUGCUGGGGGAUACCCUCCCCUACGAGACUUUAUUCGGUCAUUCGUGCGGACGAACUUACACCCUAAUGUCCCAUACAAAGACGGUCCGGAGGUUAUCUUGACUUGCGGAUCCACGGAUGGAUUCUCCAAAACCAUCGAAUGCUUUAGCAAUGUUUGGGACAAAGAUCGAGAUUGGAUUAGAGAACGGGAGGGAAUUCUCUGUGAAGAGUUUGCCUACAUGAAUGCCAUCCAAGCCGCCCGACCUCGUGGCCUCAAUGUCGUGCCUGUUGCUAUUGACAACGAGGGCAUGCUUGCUUCGGGCAAAGGAGGCCUCGAGGAUGUCCUUGCAAACUGGGAUAAGAACAAGGGCAAGAGACCUCAUCUGUUGUAUACUGUGACGAUGGGUCAAAAUCCAACCUCCGGCCUGCUUUCGGUGAAGCGACGCAAGGAGCUAUACUCAUUGUGUCAAAAGUACGAUAUCAUCAUUAUUGAGGACGACCCGUACUGGUACCUACAGUAUCCGUCUGCGAAUCAGCUCUCGAUCAAAACCAGAGGCCAUCCUGUCUCGGAGAACUUCCCUGCUGAACCCUCUUACAAUUACAACACCUCCAGCGGAGGCAAGUCGAGUGGAUUCCCUUUCCUUGACAGCCUUGUACCGUCGUAUCUCUCGAUCGACGUCGAUGGACGAGUGGUGCGGUUGGACACCUUCAGCAAGACCGUCGCCCCGGGAUGCCGACUAGGCUGGAUUACAGCACAGCCGGAUUUCGUCGAUCGCAUUGAGCGCAUCACCGAAACCAGCACGCAACAGCCUAGUGGGUUUGUGCAAAGUCUGGUCGCCGAACUCAUCGUGGGUCCUUCAUCUCGCGAAGAUCCUGGCAAGGGAGGCAGUAAGGACGGCAGCGGAUGGAAAGUAGACGGAUGGGUGCGGUGGCUGGAAGGACUGCGUGGCAACUAUGAACGACGCAUGCAACUGAUGAGCAGCAUUCUCGAGGAUGGAAAAUAUCUGGUCCAGAGUUCCCACCGCGAGACAGCGUCGAGCGUAACUACUCAGACACCUCACGACGAUGGUGAUGACGAUGGCUAUGAAAUGCUUCACAAGACGCAGAUGUAUGAAUUCGCAUAUCCGCACGCCGGCAUGUUUCUGUGGAUGCACGUUCACUACGAAACACAUCCGCUUUUCAGCAAGGUUGAGCAUCAACGCCUCGCUCGGGCCUUGUGGUUGUUCAUGACCACAAAGGAUUAUCUUGUCCUUCUUAGCCCCGGCACCAUUUUCUGUCCUACCCCAGAGGUAAUGGAGGAGAAGGGAUGGCAAUACUUCCGCCUGUGCUUUGCAGCCGUGGAUGAUCGUUUGGUUGAGUCGUCUAGCAAAGCGAUUGUCAGGGCCUUUACCGACUUCUGGGCCAUCCACGAUGUCAAAAAGAUUGACAAGAUUCUGCAAGAUGAUGAUGAUGAGGCCACCGAUGAAAGAUUGGCUCAGUUGGCUUCACAGAAUCAGGGGUGGGUUAUAAAUCCAGCCGUGUGUUGAUUUCGGCCGGCCUCGCCCGGGUCGAUGUAUAUAUGAUGAAUGAGAUUGCCUGAUCUGAUUGCAUGAUAAAGAAGAUACUUGAGCACACUAGAAAUCCGGUUUCAUGGAACGCGUCGUUAUAGUCCGUACUCUGCCUGCAUACCUAGUAUACCUUCGUAGGCAGGCCGGCAGUCUCAACUGGCCACGCUAGAUGGCAGAGUCCUCGGUGUUCACUUCGGGGGCUGUUGCACGGUAUACAUACCCACAUACUUAGGAGGCAAAGUAUGUCCGCAGGGUAUGUAGCAGUAGCAGUAGCAGUAGCCAACUAUAGCAAGUCCUAAGUGAGCAACGUCUAAAUAAGGUAUAAAUCAAUCAAUAUACAACAAGGUAUGUAGUUAAGAAAUAUAAAGAAAGUGAAA